AUGUCUAAUAUUUAUUCAGAACUCACUUUUAAGUACCCGACUUGUAAAGAAGAGGAUGAAUUUCGUCAAGAUUAUAAUCGUCGUAUGCUGGAGAGACUUCUCUCCACUAUGAAAAUAAAUGUUGAUCCAAUCUUAGCAGGUGUGACUGAAGAUAACAGGUACACUUGUGGUAUUGUUGCUCGGCCUUCAGAAUCAUUAACAGAAAAAGUACAAUUAAUUCAAAACAUAAUUAAGUCUUCUGUGAAGGCUAACCAGGCAUUAUGGUUUCUGCCUCCAGAAUUGUUACACUUGACUGUAUUAGAAAUCGCUCUGCUUUUACCUAAAUCUUCAAUCAUGAAAAUUGUAGAGGAGGUUCUUCCUCACAUUGAGACGAUAUUAAGAAUUGCAAAUGAUGGUCCAGUUCUCAAUGAGCCAUUGAUAUGCUUUGAUUCCAAUGCUAUCGCUGUUUCUUUCACUUCUGUUGGGAAAUGCAGCUCACGGUAUAGACAGGACGUCUUUGAAAGUGUGUCCCUAUAUGAUAUUAAAGCCCAACCAAGGUACUUAUCUCCUACAAUGCAUAUAACGAUCGUGAGGUUUGUUAAAGAGCUCGAUGAAGAAGACAUCAAAUCUCUUCUACAGAAAGUUGAUGAGUUAAAUUCAUCAAUUCAAAACUUUGAAUGGAAGGUUUCUAAAUGUGAGUUGAAUUACGGCUUGGGUUGGUAUGGGCAACCAAAGAAAGGUAUUUAA